AUGCCUGCCGCGAAAGACAACUACCCACGAACGGCAGCAAAUACUGUCGAGCUGUCACCUGAUAGGACUCCAGGUUACGCCCAUGCCGAAGGCUUGACUGAGGCAUCCGCCAGGAAGACCUCCGAACUGCUCACAGUUAACCAUGAUCUGUAUCAUAAUCGAUGGAACGCAGGACUACACAACCACAUCGCCCACCACCUACUCGCGCUUUGGUCCCUCGGUGCGUCUCCAGAAGAGAUUCAGGAAAUGUGGGAAUACAACGAGCCGUACCAAGCGCCAAUCCACAAGGGCCAUCCAGUGAACGAUCUUGACCUCAGCGAUCCUGCUCUUUUUGAAGAAUGUCUUGGGAAGGACAGGCACUAUGUUGACUUCUUGGUCUUCUUCCGGGGCGAGGUAGAGAAGAAAGGUAUUCCGGGUACAGUCCGCGAGUACGUCUUGAAGGGAGACAAGCGAGCGAACGAUAUCUUGGCUCGCAUGUUUUCCGGUCAGUCAACUGACGAUGUAGGCAGAACGUGUCCUUGUACUGACCCUUUCAGAUCUUGUCCACCCGAUGAUCCAUCUUGGCUGCGGUAUCGAAUGGGAUCAGCCCAGUAUCGUCGCCGAGGCAUUGGCUGCUGCGUGCAUUCACACGAAUUGGCCAGCAGAACUGAUUCUAGCCCCGGAAGAGUAUCUCAAGGAGCACGAAGUCCGGGAGAGUCCAAUGCUUGAUAUCCUGGACCAAUUGCGCCAGGAUCCAGCGAUGAGCAGCGCUGUCAAGUCCACAGAUCCGUUCAACAAGAUUGCCGACGGCCUCAUGAAGCGUGUCUCUGGCCAGCAAUUCGCACCAUACCUUGCGCAAUUCCAAGUCAAGCCCACUGCAGAAGACAUCCAUAACAAGCUCUCGGAGAACAUGCAUGCAGGGGCAUACUAUAUGGCUGCAGCCCAGCUGCCAGGCAAACACGAACAGAUGGACUUUGUCCUGCUCCAUAACGUGACGCUUGCGGGCUACUAUCCUGCCAUCAUAGCCCAAGACUGGAUCACAAACGAAGAGAAAGCCCGUCUUGUAGAAGCCAAAGCCCGAGUCGACAUUGCAAUGUACCCAGGCGUUGGCUGCCCUACUCUCUACCCCGAACGCAUCACGAACUACCAACCUGACCACCCCAAAGACGGCUGGCCGGAACUUUUCCGGCGCGCAAUCGUUUACCGCGACGAAGGCCACGCCGUGAAACUCACCCGUGCCCUCUUCGCUCUGGAGAAACACUUCGUCGACGUCGGAUCUGCUACACUGCCAAUUUCGAAGGCGGAUUUCAUGAAGAUUGCACAUAUGAGUAUGGAUUCUAUCGAGAGGGCGAUGGAGCCUGGUGGGAGUCUGGUGAGCGAAGAGAAGAGGAAUGCGGUGAAGAAGCAGGUGGGACAUGGGUAUGAGUUUGUGUUGAAUAAUCAGACACGAUGGGUGUUCUACAAUGGGCUUGAGGGGGCUUGGAAUUCGGUGCCGGCUUUGAAGAAUUAA